AAUGUGCUGGUUUCUUUGACUUCAGCUGCCAUAUACAGUACAUAUGCAUGAGUUGGAUAGUGAUGUUUGGUCUAAUUUUGGCAAUUUUUCCAACAGUGCUUGUGCUUCUGUGGCUUUUACAUCAAAAAGGACUCUUUGAUCCUAUUUAUGACUGGUGGGAAGACGAUUCUCGGACUAAAAAGCAGAGAAUCAGGGAUAUGAGAAGGCACAAUAUUGAUUUUGACCAUUCCCACAUCCAUGUUGAAAAACAUCACAAGCAAGAGGGUAGGCACCACAAGCAUGAUGCUCAUCAUAGGCGAAGUGGUAUUCACAUAGAUCACAAACAUGAUCAGUCUGACAGGAACAGUGACUAUUAUUAUAAUCUUCACUAUGUUCACAAAGAUAAGCAUAAACAUGGGCACGGUAAGAAAUCAAGUAUCAUGCAGCAAGUACACUUGGACAGAAGGGAGAAUGAUCAUAUUGGGCACCAUAGACGCAGGAAGGAUAGAGAAUCUUAUUAAGGGCUAUCAAAGAUAGCAUAUAUCAAGAAGAGAGGCAAGAGGACUAUAACUUGCUUAAGCAUAAGCUGCUGGAUGAUCUAGUUUAAACUAAACAGUAAGCACAGAGAAUAAUAAACUCAAAUUUCGAUUGCCUGUUAUAUUAAACUUGUG